UUCUCCGGCCGCGCGCCCUCGCUUGCCCAGCCUGAAGGAGCGGCGGCGCGCAGUGCAGCGGCUGAGCCUCCGGAGGAGCGAGGAGCUGAGCCAAGCUUCCCCCUGUUGCCGCCUCGUCCCCGCCGUUUACACUUCGUACAAAGGUUAUCUGGACCAUGGAAAAUUCCUCCAGCUCCUCUAGAAAUGAAGAUUGCGAUGAUCCAGAGUUACAGUGGGAUCGCGUGAUGACUGAAAAAGACUGGCUAAAUUGCUGGGAAACAAACAAUAUUGGAUUUCAUAAAAAGGAAGUAAAUCCAUUCCUCAAGAAAUACUUGGAUAUCUUUGUCAAUGGCAGGAAGGAAUUAAGAAUAUUUUUUCCACUUUGUGGGAAAGCUGUUGAAAUGAAAUGGUUAGCUGACAUGGGACACCAUGUGGUUGGUGUGGAAAUUAGUGAAAGAGCUUUGAAGGACUUUUUCAUGGAACAAAAUAUUUCAUUUUCAGAAGAAAUGGUUCCAGAAAUCCCUGGAGCUAAAUUAUUGAAGUGCACAUCUCUGAAUAUUUCUCUCUACUGUUGCAAUCUGUAUGAUUUAACCAGCUCUGUCACUGGUCAUUUUGAUGGGAUUUGGGACAGAGGUUCUCUAGUAGCUGUUAACCCUUCUGAGAGAGAACGCUAUGCCCAGUUGAUACUAUCACUAAUGAACAGAAUGUGUCGCUGCCUUCUAAUUACUUUGUUGUAUGAUGCAAGGAAACACAAAGGUCCACCAUUCUAUGUUGAUGAUACAGAAGUGAAAAGUUUGUUUGUUAUUCCCAACUCUAGGGGGCGGUGCUCAUCUCCGUUUCAAAGCCGAAGAGCCAGUGCUGUCUGAAGACAUCUCGGUGGUCACGUGGCCGGCAUGACUGAACGCCAAAGGCGCACGGAGCACUGUUACCUUCCCAUCAAAAGUGGUCCCUAUUUUUCUACUUGCAUUUUUUUUACGUGCUUUCGAACUGCUAGGUUGGCAGAAGCUGGGACAAGUAACGGGAGCUCACUCCAUUAUUUGGCACUAGGGAUUUGAACCGCUGAACUGCCGACCUUUCGAUCAACAAGCUCAGCGUUUUAGCCACUGAGCCACCAUGUUCCUACUAAAUUGAAUCUAGACACAUGCAAUCCAAAACAAAAGCUCAGGAUAAAUAUAAACGACCUCAAUCUAUUCCUGCCAAUUUUUGUGCUAGGAAAAAAAGAGACUUGAAUCUGCACAUCUAGCAAACAGAUACUGUAUCCUUCCAGUUCAAGGUUACUUUCCAUGCUGAGUUCUAGUAAUUCAAUCUAGAUUCAUGGAUUUAUUCUAACUCUUUUUAGAUCCCAGAGUUGUACUAUAAAUCUAACACCACUUUGUGUUCACCUUUGCUAAUUACUUUGGGCAAAUCUACUUUGCAGACCUACGACAGGGACUUUUUCUUUUUGCCUCAAUCCAUACCAAGUCCUGUUAUCUCGACUAUGCCACAUGGAAAUGACUCAUUUCUCUGCACUGCUUCAAGCUAGUUGGAUCUAGAGCAGGGGUCUAGGGAAUUCUGGGAGUUGAAGUCCACCAGCCUUAAAGUUGCCAAGGUUGGGGACCCCUGAUCUAGAGUGAUGCCGGUGGAAAACAUUCUUGUUGCCAUGGCCUUCUGCUUGCAGAAAGCUGUACAAAGUACAGUAAAGAAUGCCUCAUAUUUGUGGUAGCCUUGCAUUAAUAUGCUUCAUGGCUUAUUGAGCAAAACUUUGUGAGAACAGCACUUGGGAAGUUGGACAUUGGCAGAAAACGUGGUCCAUAAGGGAUCAGAACAGAACAGAAUAAUAAGAGUUGGAAGGGACCUUGGAGGUCUUCUAGUCCAACCCCCUGCUCAAGCAGGAAGCCCUAUACCAUUUCAGACAAAUGGCUGGCCAGCCUCUUCUUAAAAAGCUCAGGGGAUGGAGCACCCACAACUUCUGAUGGCAAGCUGUUCCACUGGUUAAUUGAAAUAGUGCAACUGCUUCUACUAGCAUGUAUCGUAAAUACUGGGUGAGUUUUUUGUGUGACAUGAGUUUUGAGAGACUGGCCAAGGUUUUUGGCAUGCAUAGUGCUAAGAAAAGCACAGCGUUAUUUUAAAAUCUCAUUCCUCAUGCAAGACUCUUGUUUUAGUUGGAAAAUGCCUUCCAUUUAUGGAGGGGCUGUCCCCUGUUGGUAGGCUACUUCUGGGCCUAAUUUUUAACAAGAAUAACAUCUCUCAAUAUAAAUGCACAUAAUUGUUUUCUCACUCUUGCCACUAUUUGUUAUAGCUGCCUGGCUGCAUUCGUAGUCUUUCAUUCAGGAGGCUUAUUUUUUAACUCAAAAGCACACAGAGGAAAUAGCUUCAUCAUCAUACACCAAUAUUGCAAAAUCUAUUAACAGCCUCUCUAUUAAUUAAAGCAUUAGGUGAGAGCACUUUAAAGUGAUUAAAAGAGAUUUUAUCAUAGCAGCGUAUAAGCUUAGGAAUCCUAUUUUGAUAAGAGUUAUUAAAUAAGCACUCUUUUUCCAUAUGAGGCAUUUAUAAUGUGCAACAGAAGGGGAAAGAAUAGUUUAUUCAAAACCCAAAGGAUAAUGAACAGCAAUAGCACUUAGACAUAUAUCACUUUACAGUGCUUUACAACCCUCUCUAAGUGGUUUACAGAGUCAACAUAUUGCUCCCAACAAUCUGGACCAUCAUUUUACCCACCUCGGAAGGAUGGAAGGCUGAGUCAACCUUGAAUGUUGAAUGUUGUCAAAACCAUUGAAAGUCAUUUUUUCUCUCUCUUUCCUCCCAGGAAAAGACUGCGAUAUUCAAUGUCUUGAAAAAGUCCAUUGUUUGGAAGAGAGACAUAAGAAGUGGGGUUUAGAUUAUUUAUGGGAGGUUUUAUACUUGAUUAUAUUGAAAGAACCGAGAUGACUUCUAGACCUAUUCCUCGGAAAAUGAGAAAAACCACUUGGUUGCCAGACACCAUAAUGUUUCUGUUCUAAGGAUGAAUCAUUCUUCAGAUACUUUCUUCUAUUAUCAAUAUCUCUGAGAAUAAUCUUCUUGAAAUUUGCCUUUGCAUUUGCCUACACAUUUUAACCUACAGUUUUAAAAUGGAAUAUCAAGAAUUAAAUCAGUAUUUGUGCUUUCUCGCCAUUUUCCCAUUUAUGGGGUUCAUCCUAAUAAUCAGCAUUAUGCCGAGCUAAAUAAAUUUGUAACAUUACACAAUAUUGACUUUGCUGGAAAGGUUUCUUGGCUGUAGGAUGCUCAGUAAAACCUCUGUUAGAGGCCUCCUGUUG